AUGGCGGAUAGAUCAGCAGUCAAGUUCCUCGCCACCCUCUUAUCGCGACCCACGGCAUCGGUCCAAGAUUAUGUCUCUGAGCAAUUUCGCCAACUCAACAAGCGACAAGUGCAUCGCAUGCAGCAGGAUGCUCGUUACAGUGUGUCGAUAGCAACCAGUGCGGUGGGCCAAGCCAAGAACCGAUACAGCAACAUUAUCCCCUUCAACUACAAUCGAGUGCGUCUUGAGGAUACGUCGUUGAUGGCGAUUGAUCCUUCACGAGGGGAUGAUUAUAUCAAUGCAAGCAUGAUCCAGGCACCGCUCGGUAUCCCACGGCAGUACAUUGCUUCUCAGGGACCUAUUCGAUCGACGCUGAUAGAUUUCUGGCGUAUGGUGAUUGAACAAGAUACCCGUUUGAUUGUGGCUCUUUCUCCCGAGUUCGAGAAUGGCAUGGAGAAAUGUGCUCGUUAUUGGCCUCUUUACAAUGAACCCCCGCUUGUCAUCAAAGGUCAUCAUCUCCAUGUCGAAUUAUCCACCCCAGAACCCGAACAACAUGAUGAAAAGGCUGAUUGUUUGAUACGAAGGAUUCAUGCCACCUUUAUGAAUGACGACAACAAAGUAUUGAAAAAGACGACGGUGACCCAGCUACAGUUUUUGGGAUGGGCCGAUUUCAGUGUGCCUCAUGAUACCCACCCCGUCAUUGCUCUCUCUCAUCUUGCCGACCAACUCCAACCCAAAGAUGCAGGUCCUAUGAUCGUUCAUUGCAGUGCAGGAUGUGGUCGUACAGGCACGUUUUGUGUCAUCAAUAGUGGUAUCCAGUAUUUUCGUAUGAUGCAUCAACAAAAUGCCAUCAAGAUCCAAGAGGAGGAUUUGGACAAGAAUGAUCUCGUGUUCACGCUCACAGAUGCGUAUCGAAGACAAAGAACCACCAUGGUACAAGCUGUAAGCCAGUAUUAUUUUUGCUAUCGUGCAUUGUUCGAAGCCUAUCAAAUGGAACAUGGACCCAUAUCCAUAUAG